AUGUGCAUUUCGAGAGAUCUCGCCGCCUUCAAGAGGACCAUCAAGAGGACCACCCAUCUUCGCCCCACACCUCCAUCCUCCAGGAGCAAGUUCGAGAGAUCUCGCCGCUAUCAAGAGGACCAAGAGGACCACCCAUCUUCCCCCCACUCCUCCAUCCUCCAGGAGCAAGUUCGAGAGAUCUCGCCGCUUUCAAGAGGACCAAGAGGACCAAGAGGACCACCCAUCUUCCCCCCACUCCUCCAUCCUCCAGGAGCAAGGUUUUUAAUUAAUUCAUUUUGAUAUUCUAAUCUUUCUUUUUAUUACUUUUGUCAUUAAAUGUUUGUUUCAUGUUUCCUUUCCCUAGCCCUACUAAUUUCCCUCUUCCCUCACAGUGCUUUCCCGUUUAAUUUAUUUUACCCUUGACACUUUGAACUAAUGCUUUCAUGUCUUCUUCCAUCCUUUUAGAAGGGCGC